AUGGGUCAAGGGUUCUCGCUCGCGACGCCGUCCGUCGGUUCUGCGGGUAUUGACAUCUCUGAACUGAGCGAUGUGCAGUAUGAGAAGAGUAUCGGAAAUGCGAGGUUCAUGAAGACCAUCCGUGGUCGUCACGAGAAUGGUCUAGUACUCGUCAAACUCCUUGUAAAGCCGUACCCGGAGGUCAAGCUAGAAAAGUACAAGAAACAGAUCAUCGAGCAGCACAGAGCGAUAGCAGACGUUCCCAACGCCCUCGGAUUUCAGCGCAUCAUCGAGACCGAAUCCAACGGUUACCUUGUCCGCCAGUUCCUUUACAGCUCGCUCUACGACCGCCUCAGCACUCGACCGUUCCUGGAAGAUAUCGAAAAGAAAUGGCUGGCCUUCCAGCUUCUCUGCGCUCUGCGCGACUGCCAUGCGCGAGAUGUCUAUCACGGUGAUAUCAAAGCGCAGAAUGUCCUCGUGACGUCCUGGAACUGGUUGUAUCUGUCGGAUUUCUCAUCCGCUUACAAGCCUGUUAUGCUGCCCGACGAUAACCCAGCUGAUUUCUCCUAUUUCUUCGAUACGUCUGGUCGCCGCACAUGUUAUAUCGCCCCCGAACGAUUUUACGCCUCUGGGGAGGCACCGCCGCAGAAGGCAAAGAUGACAUGGGCAAUGGAUAUCUUCAGCGCUGGUUGCGUAAUCGCGCAAAUGUUUCUAGAGUCCGAGAUGUUUAGUCUUGCUCAGCUGUACAAGUACCGUCGUGGCGAGUACGACCCUGUCAUCACGCAUCUGAGUGUUAUUGCAGAUAAGGAUAUCGCCGACAUGAUAGCACACAUGAUUCAGCUUGACCCCGAGAAACGAUACUCGGCAGAGCAAUACCUGGAUUUCUGGAAAGGCAAAGUGUUUCCGCAUUACUUCUACAAUUUUCUGCACCAAUACAUGGGGCUUAUAACCGAUCCAUCGUCAGGCAACAACCCCAUGUCAGGUGCUUCGAAGAAUCUUGGAGAAGCUGAUGAGCGAAUCGACCGCGUAUUCUACGACUUCGAUAAAAUAUCAUAUUUUCUCGGCUACCAGCUUGAGAAGCGAACCUCGCAGGAAUUCAAACCAUCUUCCAGGCUGAGCCUCUCACAUUUCCCUGUGCGGCUCAAUAUACCGAACCACAACCAUACGGUGUCAGCUGCUCUAGAACCGCCUGAGGAUGACGGGACAUUAAUAUUCUUGACACUGAUUGUGUCUCAACUAAGAAAUACCGCACGCGCGUCUUCCAGAAUCCGCGCAUGCGACGUGCUUCUUGCCUUCUCGGAAAGGCUUACUGACGAAGCCAAGUUGGAUAGAGUACUGCCGUAUCUGAUGACGCUUCUCGUACCAUACGAGACAGACCUGGUGCUAAUUGCUGCUAUCCGAACCAUUACUCAACUUCUGGAGCUUGUGAAGAUGGUGACCCCCAUCAACUCCCAUGUUCUGGUAGAGUAUGUAUUGCCUCGUAUGGAAAUAGCACUGAGCUCUCGUGUGAGGACACCCAGUCCGCUAGUCAGAGCAGCAUAUGCUUCUUGUCUGGGAAGCCUCGCGACGACUGCUCAGCGUUUCCUCAAUAUGGCGUCGAGUCUUCGUCCUGACGGCUCAAUACCUAUCUCAGACCCCGAGGUCGAACCGGGUGCAGAUGCCAAGGCGAAUUUCGAAAGUGUUUUUGACAAUGCUGGUCGACAACUCUUUGAGGUUCUUGAAAGCCACACCAAGCAGUUGGUUGAAGACUCUGAUAAUUCGGUUCGAAGAGCAUUUCUGGCCUCGGUGCCCGAAUUGUGCUACUUCUUUGACGAUCAUUCGAACGAUGUCCUCCUUACUCACCUUAAUACGUAUCUCAAUGAUCGUGAUUGGACACUAAAAUGUGCCUUUUUCGAUACAAUCGUGGGCAUCGCAAUCUUCGUUGGAAGUACAAGCUUGGAGGAGUUCAUGCUACCUUUGAUGAUCCAGGCUUUGGCUGAUACUGAAGAGAAUGUAGUACAGGCAGCACUUCACUCGCUCGCCCAGCUAGCCAGACUAGGUUUGCUGUCGAAACCCAAGAUCUGGGAACUGGUUGACCUCAUCAGCCGAUUCACCAUGCACCCAAACCUUUGGAUACGGGAAUCAGCAGCAGAAUUCUUGUCAGAGUCAGCGCGAUUUUUGGAACCUGCUGAUAUAAGGUGCAAUUUGAUGCCUCUUGUAAAGCCGUUCCUGAAAAUAGAGGUUCUGUCUGACUUCCAAGAACUUACUAUCCUUGAUGCGCUCAAGAGACCUUUAACGAGAAACGUCUUCGACCAAGCAAUCACAUGGGCUUUGAAAACAGAGCGCGGUGUUUAUUGGAAGCCACUGCUGUUCGGUUACAAGGGGUCAGCAUCAAGUCGAUCUUCCCGAGAAUUGGCGCAAGGCUCGAUGGGACGAGUAGCUCGCAAUGACGAAGACGAGCAAUGGUUGGCGAAGCUCAGAAACCUUGGACUAAAACAUGAGGAUGAGUUGAAGCUCGACGCUCUGCGGGAAUUCAUCUGGCGCCUUAGUAAGAUGAAGGCACGAGAUGCUUCAACCGCAGACGGUAGCACAUCUAACGGGGUGGUAUCUCUAAAGACUUUGGGGGUCAAUCCCCAAACUGUGUUCUUUAACGAUGCGCCCCUUCGUGACCCCAAGGCAGUUGUGGAUCUCGAGCGACCUGAAGAGCCAUAUACCAUUGCGGAUGCUCUUUUAGACGCCUCAAUGACCAUUGAUGACUCGACAGGUGGAAAGAGGAAGGCUAACACUAACCGCCGGGUACAAAGUGUUGGGCCGCGCUCAUCAGGUCGUUUCCUUUCACCGACUACUGCCGCCCGAACACACUCUAGAACGGCAUCAGCAUCGCAUGCAGGAUAUACAGGUGACGAUGGAUCCACCCAGGAAUCAUCGUCAUCUAGAAGUGCGAUCCGACAUCAGGCAAGCGCGCUGAGCUUACUUGACCGCAAAGACAAAAACAAAUCAAUUGCACAAACUGGUACUACUGACACCAAUGCAUUUGGUGAAGUUGAAGGACCCUUUGCCCAAGCCUCAGCGGAACAAUUGACAUCUCCUGAUGGCAAAGAAGGAGACACUGUACGGCCCCGAGUCUCAAAGCAUAGCUACGAAGGAAACGACCCAAAUAUUCAAAGAAUGUUGGACAACAUGUAUGUGGAUAAUUUCCCUCGUGAUGUUAUCGAGUUUGGACCUAUUGUCACGCCUAUCAAGAAAAGCAAGGCAAGCCGCGUCAGCAUUCAACCUCGAGAGGAGCCUUGGAAACCCGAAGGUCAGCUUGUCGCAACUUUCGCCGAACACAAGAGCGCUGUCAACAGGGUGCUGCCAUCGCCUGACCAUGUCUUCUUUAUAACAGGUGGCGACGACGGCACCGUGAGAGUUUGGGAUACAGCCCGACUCGAGCGCAAUAUUACACACCGCUCUCGCCAAGUCCAUAAGCAUGGUGAUAACACACAAGUCGUUGCUCUCUGUUUCGUUGAAAACUCGCAUUGUUUUGUGAGCUGCGCGUCUGAUGGCAGCGUGCACGUGGUCAAGGUUGACACAGCCUCUGCUAGUGGUGUGGUCAGGUAUGGUAAGCUGCGUGUUCUGCGUGAGUACCAACUACCGGAUGGCGAGUUCGCGGUAUGGUGCGAGCACUUCAGACAAGAAUCAAACUCGGUCCUCAUCGUUGCUACGAAUCGUUCGAGGAUCCUCGGUCUCGAUUUGAGAACCAUGGACCUCCUUUACACUCUCGAGAACCCAGUACACCAUGGGACACCUACUUGUUUCUGUGUGGACCGAAAGCGGAACUGGCUUUGUGUGGGUACUUCUCAUGGAGUAGUCGACCUUUGGGACUUGCGUUUCAAGAUGAGACUCAAGGGUUGGGGUCUCCCAGGCAAAGGAUCGAUCUACAGGAUUUGCAUACAUCCUACUAAGGGUCGUGGUAAGUGGGUCUGUAUUUCUGGAGGAACCGGCCAAGGUGAAGUCACGGUCUGGGAUCUGGAGAAGACGGUCUGCCGAGAGAUCUACAGGGCCGGAGGUAGCAAGGACGGUCUAAAGGGGUAUGAGGCAUGGGAUGUCGAUGAAGACAAAAGAGAAGGAAUGCUUGGACGAUAUGCUACUGAUAUCGAACCGAGCGAAACAGCGAACGCCGAUCGAGGAGUUCGUGCUAUGGUUGUUGGCACCGCAACUGUGGAUGAUUCGAGAGAUGUUAGACACGCUUUCAUCGUGACUGGGGGCUCGGACAAGAGAUUACGGUUUUGGGACCUUUCACGGAUGGAGAGCUCUUUCAUCUACAGCGGUCUCACACCAGACCAAGCUAAGCCAACCUACACCACAUCACACCCCACAACGGCGCUGGCACUGAACAUGGAGCGAUUUCCUCGACAAGCACCGACAGCUCCUAAUGCGGGCUCUGGAUCUAAGGCUAAAUCCGCGAGUGCGCGACCGCCAAGAUCGACAGUGAUUUCCCUCCAACAGCAGCAACUGUUGCAGUCACACAUGGAUUCUAUUUUGGAUGUGGCGUUGUUGGAGUUUCCCUACACCAUGAGUGUAUCGGUGGAUCGAAUGGGUGUUGUGUUUGUGUUUCAGUAG